GUGCGCCUAUGUCUGGUGACUGCCCUUGUGGCACAAAUGCUGUGCAGUGCGAAGACCCCUUCGGCGGCUACAAGUACUGCACUGCAGCAUCUUGGGGCUGUCCAGUCUACUGCAACCCCAUCACCGAGAAGACAUGCUACCCGGUGUCCUUCACUGAAGAUGGCGUGCAAGACUGGAAUGCUCCCAUCAAGGAAACCUGUCAGAACAUUACACA